AUGGGUGAUUGGAGUGCCUUGGGAAAACUUCUUGACAAAGUUCAAGCCUAUUCUACUGCAGGAGGGAAAGUGUGGCUGUCUGUCCUCUUCAUUUUCCGAAUCUUGCUAUUGGGAACAGCAGUCGAAUCUGCCUGGGGAGAUGAGCAGUCUGCAUUCCGGUGUAACACUCAGCAGCCUGGUUGUGAGAAUGUGUGCUAUGACAAGUCUUUUCCUAUCUCCCAUGUACGCUUUUGGGUUCUGCAGAUCAUAUUUGUGUCUGUACCUACCCUUUUGUACCUGGCACAUGUGUUCUAUGUAAUGAGGAAAGAAGAGAAGCUGAACAAAAGAGAAGAAGAGCUUAAGGUAGUUGCAAAUGAUGGUGUGAAUGUGGAUAUGCAUCUCAAACAAAUAGAAAUUAAGAAAUUCAAGUACGGUAUCGAAGAGCAUGGCAAAGUGAAGAUGCGUGGGGGACUGCUCCGUACUUAUAUCAUCAGCAUCCUGUUUAAAUCUGUCUUUGAGGUGGCUUUCUUGCUGAUACAGUGGUACAUUUAUGGGUUUAGCCUGAAUGCCAUCUACACCUGUGAGCGAGACCCGUGCCCACACAGAGUGGACUGUUUCCUCUCCCGUCCAACUGAGAAAACCAUCUUCAUCCUCUUCAUGCUGGUGGUGUCCUUGGUGUCUCUUGCCUUGAACAUCAUUGAGCUUUUUUACGUGUUCUUCAAGGGUGUCAAGGAUCGUGUGAAAGGGAAAACCGACCCCUACUCCCACAGUGGUGCCAUGAGCCCUUCCAAGGACUGUGGCUCCCCCAAAUAUGCUUAUUACAAUGGCUGCUCAUCACCGACUGCCCCCUUGUCUCCCAUGUCUCCCCCAGGCUACAAGCUUGUUACUGGAGACAGGAACAAUUCCUCCUGUCGUAACUACAAUAAGCAAGCCAGCGAGCAAAACUGGGCCAACUACAGUGCCGAGCAGAACAGAAUGGGGCAGGCUGGCAGCACCAUCUCCAACUCACACGCCCAGCCCUUCGACUUCUCUGAUGAGCACCAGAACACGAAAAAACUGGCGUCAGGACAUGAGCUGCAGCCCCUCACCAUUGUGGACCAGAGGCCUCCCAGCAGAGCCAGCAGCCGAGCCAGCAGCAGGCCUCGACCUGACGACCUGGAGAUCUAA